CCAUUGCUUUGCUUUAAUUUCUUACUCCUUAAGUAGCUCUCACACUACUUUCUCUCUCUAAAACUGUAUCACUUUCUCUCUCCUAGGGCACACUUUUUUUGUCCUUUCUCUCUCCUCUGUUCUUGCAGUUUUCUCCAUUUUUGAAACUAAUUAAGCUCGAUGCUGCUCUUUUCACUUACUUUUUAGCUCCAUUUUCUGGGAUUUUGAAGUGAAGUAAUUAAGUAAGUAAGUAAAGGAUGGCAUCGCCAUCGACUUCCAGAGGUGGAGGUUCUGAUCAACCGCCAGGAAGGAAGUUGAUGAGGACUCAAACGGCGGGGAAUCUUGGUGAAACCGCUUUCGACAGUGAGAUUGUUCCGUCUUCUCUUGUCGAAAUUGCACCCAUCCUUCGUGUUGCCAAUGAAGUUGAAAAGCAUAAUCCCAGGGUUGCUUAUUUAUGUAGGUUCUACGCAUUUGAGAAAGCGCAUCGUUUGGAUCCCACUUCCAGUGGACGUGGUGUCCGUCAAUUCAAAACUGCACUUCUUCAAAGGCUAGAAAAGGAAAAUGAUCCGACAUUGAUGGGGAGGGUAAAAAAAAGCGAUGCACGGGAGAUGCAAAGUUUUUAUCAGCAUUACUACAAGAAAUAUAUUCAAGCAUUGCAAAAUGCUGCUGAUAAGGCUGAUCGUGCUCAGCUCACAAAGGCGUAUCAAACUGCUAAUGUUCUCUUUGAGGUGUUGAAGGCUGUCAACUUGACGCAAUCAAUGGAAGUUGACCGUGAGAUCUUGGAUACACACAAUAAAGUUGCAGAGAAAACUGAAAUCUAUGCCCCAUACAAUAUUCUUCCUCUUGAUCCUGAUAGUGCGAAUCAAGCAAUUAUGAGAUAUCCAGAGAUCCAAGCUGCUAUGUCUGCCCUUCGUAAUACCAGAGGCCUUCCUUGGCCCAAGGACUACAAGAAAAAGCAAGAUGAAGACAUUUUGGACUGGCUUCAGGCGUUGUUUGGAUUUCAGAAAGAUAAUGUGGCUAAUCAAAGAGAGCACCUUAUUUUAUUGCUCGCAAAUGUUCAUAUAAGACAAGUUCCAAAGCCUGAUCAACAACCAAAGUUGGAUGAACGUGCAUUGACAGUAGUGAUGAAAAAACUCUUCAAGAGCUAUAAGAAAUGGUGCACGUACUUGGACCGCAAGAGUAGCCUUUGGAUGCCGACAAUACAACAGGAAGUACAGCAACGUAAACUCUUGUACCUGGGCCUGUAUCUUCUUAUUUGGGGGGAAGCUGCAAAUCUGAGAUUUAUGCCAGAAUGUCUAUGCUAUAUCUAUCACCAUAUGGCAUUUGAACUUUAUGGAAUGCUUGCUGGAAAUGUUAGUCCCCAGACGGGUGAGAAUGUGAUGCCAGCAUAUGGUGGUUCAGAAGAGGUCUUUUUAAGAAAAGUUGUAACACCUGUUUAUGGAGUUAUUCGACGGGAAGCCGAAAGUAGCAAAAAAGGAAAAUCCAAGCAUGCAGAGUGGAGAAAUUAUGAUGAUCUGAAUGAAUACUUUUGGUCAGUCGAUUGUUUCCGCUUGGGCUGGCCAAUGCGGACACACGAAGACUUCUUUACUUUGACUCUUGAAGAGCGUCGUCGCAAAAUAAAAAGUGAGCCUCGCCAAGAUAAAAGUGGGGAAAACAAGAAUGAUGAAGAUCGUCUUCCUGCUCCAUGGCCUGGAAAAGUUAACUUUGUUGAGAUUCGAUCGUUUUGGCACAUCUUCAGAAGUUUUGACAGAAUGUGGAGCUUUUUUAUUUUGGCUUUGCAGGCCAUGAUUAUCAUUGCUUGGAAUGGCACAGGAGACCCAAGUGCAAUAUUUGAAACAAGAGUUUUCAAGAAUGUACUAAGCAUCUUUAUAACAGCUUCAAUAAUUAAGCUUGUGCUUGCUGUCCUUGAUGUGAUUCUUGGUUGGAAAGCAAGACGAACCAUGUCAUUUCAUGUUAAGCUUAGGUAUAUUUUAAAGGUUGUCUCUGCUGCUGCAUGGGUGAUAAUCAUGCCCGUCACAUAUGCGUAUUCGUGGGACAACCCUCCUCCAGGACUUGCGCAAACUAUUAAAAGUUGGUUUGGGAGCAACGCUCACUCGCCUUCACUGUUUUUUUUGGCUGUUGUUAUCUACUUAUCGCCAAAUAUGCUCUCCGCUGUGCUGUUUAUGUUUCCUUUUGUACGAUCUACUCUUGAAAGAUCUGACUGGAAGAUUGUGAUGCUGAUGAUGUGGUGGUCACAGCCGCGGCUAUUUGUUGGAAGGGGAAUGCAUGAAAGUGCCUUUUCGCUUUUCAAAUACUCGAUGUUCUGGAUCCUCCUCCUCAUUACAAAGUUGGCAUUCAGCUUCUAUAUUGAGAUAAAGCCUUUAGUACGUCCAACACAAGAUAUCAUGUCGAUUCGGAUAAUACACUUUAAGUGGCAUGAAUUUUUCCCUCAAGCAAGGAAUAAUAUUGGUGCUGUAAUUUCACUUUGGGCUCCAAUUAUCCUUGUCUAUUUCAUGGAUACCCAGAUUUGGUAUGCUAUAUUCUCCACAUUGUUUGGAGGUAUAUAUGGUGCAUUCCGUCGUCUUGGAGAGAUCCGUACUUUGGUUAUGUUAAGAUCUCGUUUUCAGUCUUUACCGGGUGCUUUUAACGAACGCCUUAUUCCCGCUGAAAAAACUGAAAAAAAGAAAAAAGGAUUGAAGGCCACUUUCUCUCGACGGUUUCCUGAUAUUCCAUCUAAUAAAGAGAAAGAAGCUGCUCGUUUUGCUCAGUUGUGGAAUCAGAUCAUCACAAGUUUCAGAGAAGAGGAUCUCAUAGAAAAUCGGGAAAAGGACUUGUUGCUUGUUCCCUAUUGGGCUGAUCGUGACAUUGAUCUCAUGCAAUGGCCUCCAUUUUUACUUGCAAGCAAGAUUCCUAUAGCGCUAGAUAUGGCGAAGGAUAGCAAUGGUAAGGACCGGGAAUUGAUAAAGAGAAUUGAAGCUGAUCCUUAUAUGUCAUGUGCUGUCCGUGAAUGCUAUGCUUCUUUCAAAAGUGUUAUUAAGUUCAUGGCUCAGGGGGAUCUUGAGAAAAACUGUAUAGAGAAGAUAUUUGAUGAUGUUGAGAAACAUAUAGAUAAAGGUGACCUGGUCACUGAAUACAAGAUGAGUGCUCUGCCAAACUUGUAUGAGAGUUUUGUCAAGCUAAUGACAUGCCUGCUGAAUAACAAGAAGGAGGAGCGAGAUCAAGUUGUUCUUCAUUUCCAGGACAUGUUUGAGGUGGUGACAACUGAUAUCAUGGAGGAUCCUAGUGUUAUUGAAGAAGUUCAGGAGACUUCAAAUAAUUCAGGAAUGGCAUCCUUUGAGUUAUUUGCACGGGAAGGAGCAAUUAGGUUUCCAAUUGAACCAGUAACAGAAGCUUGGAAGGAGAAGAUAAAACGGCUGUACCUGCUGCUUACUGUGAAGGAGUCUGCUAUGGAUGUCCCAUCAAAUUUAGAUGCUAGACGCCGACUCUCUUUUUUUACAAAUUCACUAUUUAUGGACAUGCCCCCAGCACCGAAAGUUAGAAAUAUGCUUUCUUUCUCUGUCUUGACCCCUUACUACACGGAGGAGGUUCUGUUUUCGCUGCAAGAUCUGGAAAAUCAAAAUGAAGAUGGUGUAUCCAUCCUAUUCUACCUGCAAAAGAUUUUUCCAGAUGAGUGGAGUAAUUUUCUAGAACGUGUCGGAUGCAGUGAAGAAGAACUUUACACUGAUGAACAUGCAGUUCAGUUACGCCUUUGGGCAUCAUAUAGAGGCCAGACUUUGACUCGUACUGUUAGAGGCAUGAUGUACUAUCGUAAGGCUCUAGAACUUCAAGCCUUCCUUGAUAUGGCAAAUGAUAAAGUAUUGAUGGAGGGUUACAAGGCUCUUGAACUGAACACUGAGGAGAAUUCACAGAGUGAAAGAUUGUUGUGUCAAGCUGUUGCUGAUAUGAAGUUUACAUAUGUUGUAUCUUGCCAGCAAUAUGGUAUACAUAAAAGAUCGGGUGAUCCGCGUGCGCAAGAUAUAUUGAGGCUGAUGACAACAUAUCCGUCACUUCGUGUGGCUUAUGUUGAUGAGCUUGAAGACCGGAGUGAAGACAGGUCCAAAAAUAAAGAUAUGAACCAUAUGGUUUAUUUUUCUGCUCUUGCCAAAGCUGUGCCAUCUUCUAAUUCAAAAGAGCAAGGGCAAACUCUAGAUCAGGUCAUUUAUCGGAUAAAACUUCCAGGCCCCCCAAUCUUAGGUGAGGGGAAGCCUGAGAAUCAGAAUCAUGCUAUAAUCUUCACACGGGGAGAAGGAUUGCAAACAAUAGAUAUGAAUCAGGAUAAUUACUUGGAAGAAGCUUUGAAAAUGAGGAAUCUGCUUGAAGAAUUUCUGAUAAAGCAUGGUGGUGUGAGAUAUCCUACAAUUCUAGGACUUAGAGAGCAUAUAUUCACUGGAAGUGUUUCAUCUCUUGCAUGGUUCAUGUCAAAUCAAGAAACAAGUUUUGUCACCAUUGGUCAGAGACUGCUAGCUAACCCAUUAAAGGUCCGCUUCCACUAUGGUCAUCCGGAUGUCUUUGACAGACUCUUUCAUCUUACUAGAGGUGGUGUGAGUAAAGCUUCAAAAGUUAUUAAUUUGAGUGAGGAUAUCUUUGCAGGAUUUAAUUCUACUCUCCGUGGAGGAAAUGUUACUCAUCAUGAGUAUAUCCAAGUAGGGAAGGGAAGAGAUGUGGGGCUUAAUCAAAUUUCGAUGUUUGAGGCGAAAAUAGCCAAUGGCAAUGGAGAGCAGACAGUCAGUCGUGAUAUAUACAGAUUGGGGCAUCGUUUUGAUUAUUUCCGAAUGUUGUCAUGUUAUUUCACCACAGUUGGUUUCUACUUUAGCACCCUGAUUACUGUGCUCACUGUGUAUAUUUUCCUUUAUGGCCGUCUUUAUCUCGUGCUUAGUGGCCUUGAGGAAUCAUUGAACAAUCAAAGGCGAUUUCGGAAUAAUAAGCCGCUUCAAGUUGCUCUGGCUUCUCAGUCAUUUGUUCAAAUUGGAUUCUUGAUGGCAUUGCCUAUGUUGAUGGAAAUUGGUCUGGAAAGAGGUUUUCGAACUGCUCUAAGUGAGUUUGUGUUGAUGCAACUGCAACUUGCUCCAGUUUUCUUUACGUUCUCACUGGGAACCAAGACUCAUUACUAUGGGAGGACAUUGCUUCAUGGAGGUGCAAAAUAUCGACCUACAGGUCGAGGGUUUGUUGUCUUCCAUGCCAAAUUUGCGGACAACUACAGACUGUAUUCUCGGAGCCAUUUCGUGAAGGGAAUUGAGCUUAUGAUUUUACUUAUUGUAUAUGAGAUUUUCGGUCAAUCUUAUAGAAGUCCGGUUGCUUAUAUCUUUAUUACCAUAUCAAUGUGGUUCAUGGUGGGCACUUGGUUAUUUGCUCCCUUCCUUUUCAACCCUUCUGGCUUUGAAUGGCAAAAAAUAGUCGAUGAUUGGACAGACUGGAACAAAUGGAUAAGUAACAGAGGGGGGAUUGGUGUGCCUCCAGAAAAGAGUUGGGAGUCAUGGUGGGAGGAGGAACAGGAGCAUCUUCGCCAUUCUGGCUAUCGCGGAAUUGUUGCUGAGAUACUGCUAUCUUUGCGGUUUUUUAUAUAUCAAUAUGGGCUUGUUUAUCACCUAAAAAUCACAGAACAUACUAAAAGUUUCCUGGUGUAUGGGUUAUCAUGGUUGGUGAUCAUGUUAAUAUUAUUCGUGAUGAAGACUGUUUCUGUUGGACGACGGAAGUUCAGUGCAGAUUUUCAGCUGGUAUUUCGGCUAAUCAAAGGCUUGAUUUUCCUGACAUUUGUCGGUAUUCUGGUUACACUUAUUGUGUUGCCAGGCAUGACAUUGCAGGACAUCAUAGUAUGCAUUCUUGCUUUCAUGCCCACUGGUUGGGGUUUGCUCCUGAUUGCCCAAGCAAUAAAACCUGUUAUUCGUAAGUUUGGAUUUUGGGGUUCAGUGAGGACACUUGCGCGUGGGUAUGAGAUUGUGAUGGGAUUGCUUCUAUUCACACCCGUGGCUUUCCUAGCCUGGUUCCCAUUUGUCUCUGAAUUCCAGACCAGAAUGUUAUUUAAUCAAGCAUUCAGUAGAGGUCUGCAGAUCUCGCGUAUUCUUGGUGGACAUCGUAAAGACCGCACAUCCCGUAACAAGGACUAGCCUUAUUGGAAGUAGACCUAGUCAUGUAUUAAGUUGCAGAUCUACCCUGUUCUGAGUGGCUAGCUGUUGUAAUUAUGGAUUCAUGCAGCAUUUUUGGUAAUUUAAAACAUGGGUUGCCAAUUAAUUGUUUAUCGGAAUCAUGGGAAAAAGUGUUCCUGCAUAUUUGUCAAGGAAUUUGGUUUCUACUUUAGCAUAUUGCAUUAGGUUAGAUAUAAAAUGCAAUAGGUUUAUUUUAUAACUAUUCACAUAAUCACACGUCUUAUCUUGACGGUUUGAAUUACUAACCUAAUUUUUAGAUUCAA